GCUCUGUCUCUCUCUGCCUCGGAUACAAUCUUCGGCAUAAAUUACAUGCGUGUAAGCAUACACUACAUUCAGUGAGAAAAAAAUGGCAGCUGACGAUUAGAGAAAAAAGUGUGUGGAUCUUCACUCGGAAAAAAGACGGCACUUAACAAACAGCAGACAGAAGCGUACUCGGUCAGCAUUGGUCGUCAUCGCUGAAGUGUCAGCAUUGGUCAUCAGCCACCAUGGGAAAAACUCCGAUAAAAGAUCAGAAAGAUAGCAAAAAGGAGAAACUGGGAAGGACUGUUCCUCUAACAGGCACAACCCCUGCAACAACUAAAGAUGCUUUCAGCUGGGAAGAAUACCUAAAAGAGACGUCAUCCACACCAGCUCCACCGAGCUGUUUUCGUCAGGCGAGAGUCCCGCCCUCCAACGACUUCAAGGUGGGGAUGAAGCUUGAAGCGCACGACCCACGCAACUCCACCUCCGUUUGUAUCGCCACGGUGAUGGGUUUAACCGGAGUCCGUCUGCGUCUCCGUCUGGAUGGAAGCGACAACAGCAAUGACUUCUGGAGACUGGUGGACUCCUCUGAUAUCCAGCCUAUCGGCACCUGUGAGAAGAACGGAGACAUGCUGCAGCCACCACUGGGAUUUCGGAUGAACGCCUCCUCGUGGCCCAUGUUUCUGUUGAGAACUUUAAACGGAGCAGAGAUGGCACCAGCAACGGCCUUUAAAAAGGAACCACUGAGGCCCACGCAGAACAACUUUAAGCCGGGCAUGAAGCUGGAGGCCGUGGACAAGAAGAACCCGUACCUCAUCUGCCCCGCCACCAUAGGAGAAGUGAAGGGCGACGAGGUUUUCAUCAUGUUCGACGGGUGGCGGGGCGCCUUCGAUUACUGGUGCAAGUACGACUCCCGGGACAUCUUCCCCGUGGGCUGGUGCUCCCUCACAAAACACAGCCUCCAGCCGCCGGGCAACAGUGUUACUCUGCCAAAGAACCUGCAGAUUCUUCCGGCGUCGCCCUCCAAGCCCAACAGGCGCUCCAUGCAGUCCCCCUACAGACUCCCCAACCCCCUGCCACCUCUGCCCGUCAGGAAGGGGGUAAGAGGCCGUCGGCCCAAGAGCGAGACCAUCGCUCUGCUCAAAGCCGUGGCGGAGGCAGCGGCAGCCCAGAACGGGACUGUACCUGAAAACACGCAGCUGGUGCCACGACCCCACAAGAAGAGAGGGCCCAAACCCGGAAGCAAGAGAAAGUCCAAGAUCCUCCAAGGCCAAGCACAGCUGCCCAGCAUCCAGGUACCACAGGAAAGCCCCGCCAGCCUCAGCUCCGUGGUCUCAACAGUGUGUGUGUACGUGAACAAGCACGGAAACUGCGGUCCUCACCUGGACAGGAAGCUGAUGCAGCAUCUGCCGGACCACUUUGGACCAGGCCCGGUGAACGCUGUGCUCCAGCAGGUGGUGCAGUCAUGCAUAGACUGCGCAUACCAGCCUAAAGUCCUGCUCAGUGCUCUGCAGACUCACUCAGGAGGAGGCGAGAUCGUCAGAGUGAGAACAGAUGGUGGAGUUCGUGUGGUCAAACUCCCAGCAGCCUCCAGUGCUUCUUUUGUGCUGCGGUUCUUGGAGACGAUGUGUCGUCACCUGCAAUGUGACAACCUGUUCAGCAGCCAGCCGUUCAGCCACUACACGGCUUAUGACAGGACCAAGUCAGUGAAAGAAGAAGCGUUGGACGCUCCAUCUCUGGCUCGCGGCAGUAAACGGAGCCUCUCUGGAGUUUCCCCGCCGUACGCAGCUCCUCUUUCACCUAAACAUUUACGUACCGAAGCUCACCCGUCAGAAGCAGAGACCCUGCCCCACGAGGAGAACGGCCUAAUAAAGGAGCAGCGCUACAUGGACUCCGCCUCCAACUCCAUGAACCCUCGACCCCAAACCGCUCGCAGUUCCUCGGAGUACCACCCUCAGGCCAGCAGCCUCUACCACCGCGCUAACAGCACACCCAUGCGCCGCCUCUCCUCGAACCCCGCAGAGCACAGCUCCACACAGGCUCUCAGACGAGUCGAAGCAGCCAGCUCCACCACAGGUCCUGAGGCUCUGGUGUCUGAGCAAGACAGUCUGCAGCUGCCCAGUAAAAACCCCUCCUCCUGGUCCAUCGAGGAGGUGAUGCAGUUUGUGAGGGACGCUGACCCCACAGCGUUAGCUCCACACGCUGAACUCUUCAGAAAACACGAGAUUGAUGGAAAAGCUCUGAUGCUGCUACGGAGCGACAUGAUCAUGAAGUACAUGGGUCUGAAACUGGGGCCUGCACUGAAGCUCUGCCAUCACAUAGAGAGGCUGAAACAAGGCAAACUGUAACAGGAGCCAGGGCAGACCCAUGAGCAAUAAGCCCCCCGAGAGAGAGAGCCAUCGUGUGGACUCAUGAGGGCUGGGUGGGUGGAAGGGUGGGUGCAGGGAGGGGGCUACAUGUUACUCUAGACCUCCACCUCGAGGGACUGACUAGAUGUUACAACUUCAUCCUGACUUCCAGAGUGGAGAAAAGUGUGCCGUGCAUUGCUGACACAUUACCUCAUCCCUCCUCAUCAGUGAACAACAAGCUGUUCAAGUCUAACAGACGCCAUUUGACUCGAGGAAAUCCCAAAGGAAAAAAAAAUCCCUGUCGUGUUUACAUUGCAUAGCACAUGUGCACACACGGACGCCGUUUUUGUUUUUGUUUUGUUUUUUACGGAGAUGAAAUCUUUUGAUCCUGGUUUUGGAUCCCCAAAGAUGGAGAAUGUUUCUUCUUAUAUAAUGUUUUUAUUAUUGUUGAAUUUCCAGUUAACAAGGAAGGGUCGAUAUACUGAAACAGAAAACUACAAAAAAAAAAUCAGAUGUUCUUCCCCACGUUCUUCAAGAGAAUCUGGACGCUCUCUCGUCUGUCGUGUAGCUGUUUUCACUCUUCACGUAUGCCUCAAGUAUGGGUACAUCCGCCCUGCCCGAGGAAUGCUAACAAGUCAGUGCAUUCCAUUUCGUUCACACAGUGCUGGACGGACGUCCUGGCAGGGAUCACGAUGUGUUUUUUUUUUUAAUCGAACUCUCACUUUUUUUUUUUUUCCCCACGAGUGCUGCAGGAUCAUCGGCUGUGCGGCAUGAUGUGUUAUUGUGUCUUACGGGCCCUUUUUUUUUUUUUUCUGGUUGUUACGUUGCCUCCCACUGGUCCCCACACACUUCUUAUCAAACCGUUUGUAUCCCGAGCUCCGAGUCGACUCGGGCGUUAUCAAUUUCAAAGGACAGAUGUGUGCAAGUCCGACGUUUCUAAAGGGCUUUUCUGUGUUUAGUUUUCGAUGUAAUAUUUUUUUUUUUAUCAUAAUCAUGAUGUAAGCUCGUCGGUCCGCCUGCAACCUCCGCGUUGUCACUUUCUGACCGUUCCAAUCACUGUUAGCAAUGAAAACAGAUGUGUACAGUUUUAUGGGUUUAACCAUGAAUAUCAGCGACAGAAUGUACAUUUUGUAGAAACUUAAUAUUUUAAGGAAAUCAUAUACAUAAGUUAGAAAUGUGAAGAUAAAGAGGGAUGGUGGACGUGGUGAAUAUUUCACGGUGGAUUCCAUUCUGCUUUUUAAUACUUACUACACAGCGCUUUUAGUUCAAAUACUCCCUGUAAUAGACUCUGCCUUGCUUUACCUACGACAUCUCUCAGGUUUACGUGGUCUUUGUUAGUACAAGCUUUUUGUAGCAUACUGUUUAUAAUAUACUUAACAGAAUUUUCCUGUUAUUUCCUUUCCUUGAUUUAAAAAAAAAAAGAAAAAGACUUGUGCCAUACGAUAUUCAACACAGGAUCGAAGUGCUGUUGAUUUCCCUCUCUUGCAUCUUCUUUUUAAGUACUUGAAAAAAUGUGUUGCAAAAACUUCACUUGUCCAUCACGUCACACCAGAUAAACAAUAAGUGUUUAUGA